UCAGUCAAGUGCAAAUCUCUCUUUCCUUCUUGCUUUCAGACCCAGACUGGGCAUCCCACAGCCUGGGGAUCUUCAUCUGCUUGAACUGUUCAGGAAUCCAUCGCAAUAUUCCCCAAGUCAGCAAGGUGAAGUCAGUCCGUCUGGAUGACUGGGAUGAUGCUCAAGUGGAGUUUAUGGCCUCAAAUGGAAACAAUGUAGCAAAAGCAAAAUACGAAUCUAAAAUGCCACCGUUUUAUUACAAGCCAACGUUUCUUGACUGUCAACUGCUGCGGGAACAGUGGAUCAGAGCCAAAUAUGAGCGAAAAGAGUUCAUUCACAGCGAGAAGCAAGAGCCUUACUCUGCAGGGUACCGAGAAGGUUUCCUGUGGAAGAGAGGACGUGACAAUGGGCAGUUCUUGAGUCGAAAGUUCGUGUUGUCGGAGAGGGAAGGGGCACUGAAGUACUUCAACAAAAAUGACGCAAAAGAACCCAAAGCAAUUAUGAAGAUUGAACACCUAAACGCGACUUUCCAGCCUGCAAAAAUUGGGAACCCACAUGGACUGCAGAUCACUUACUUGAAGGACAAUAGCACAAGGAACAUCUUUGUCUAUCAUGAAGAUGGCAAGGAAAUAGUGGAUUGGUUCAAUGCCAUCCGAGCAGCACGUUUCCAUUACUUACAAGUGGCAUUCCCUGGAGCCAGUGAUGUUGAUCUGGUGCCAAAGCUUUCUAGAAACUACCUGAAGGAAGGGUACAUGGAGAAAACGGGGCCAAAGCAAACAGAGGGAUUCAAGAAGCGAUGGUUCACCAUGGAUGACCGACGGCUCAUGUAUUUCAAAGAUCCCCUGGAUGCCUUUGCUAGAGGGGAAGUUUUUAUUGGGAGCAAGGAAAACAGCUACAAGGUGCUGGAAGGGCUCCCACCGUCCACGCAGGGAAACCACUGGCAGCAUGGAAUCACUAUUGUCACUCCAGAUCGGAAAUUCCUCUUUGCCUGUGAGACAGAGGAUGACCAGCUGGAGUGGAUCACCACCUUUCAGAAGGUUAUAAGCCGGCCAAUGCUGCCUCAGGAAUAUGCAGUGGAAGCCCAUUUCAAACAUAAACCUUAGCUGGGACUGGCGGGGCAGACCUGAGGAGUGAGCUUCUGUUUACAACACAACGUGGUUUUAUUUGAAAUGUUAAAAAUAAUUAAUGAUAAUAAUAACAGUAAUAAUAAUAAUAAUACUUCCCUUUCCCCUCAUCAUUCACUUGAUCAUGUUGGAAACCAAGAAGGGCAGCGGUGGAAUAUCAAAGAUGCUGAUCCA